AUGUUUACCUGCGAUGCCUGUCUCCGUCGGGCACUUUUCUCGCUCGGAAGCAGCGCCGCUCCCUCUGCACACUUCCCAUCUCCAUUGUCUGGGCAGUCGUUCGAACUCGCGAUCAAUUCCACGGUCGCCUUCUCUCGCACUCAUGCAACUCUACAAUCCCUCAGGAAGGGCCAUCACCGCAACGAGCUCUUCAAAGCCCUGAAAGAAGAACGCAAAAAUCCACCGAUCAAGGCCAAGCCGUCGAACGCUCGUGCAAAGCUCUUGGCUAAAGAUGCUCAAGCACGGGAACGUAACUGGUUACAGCGUCUGGAACCCUCUGAUCGGGAAACAUAUCUGAAGAAGGCUAUGGAAAAAGAAGCCAGAUAUUUGGUGGAUCCCCUGAAACUGGCUCAAGGCGUCGUCGAAAAACUCCGGGACCAUAAUCUGCAGGCUGCUCUAGAGUUGGUCCGUGCUAGUGAAAGGACUCAAAACGGCAAGGGGGUGGACAAUGUUGUCAGUUGGAACCAUAUCAUAGACUGGCUGAUGGGUCAGGAGUCUCCAGGUGAGGCGUGGAAGGUCUACAAUGAGAUGAAAAAGCGUGGCCAUAAACCCGACUCUCAUACCUACACGAUUAUGCUGAGAGGCUAUCGUGACAACGUCAGAAAGCCGAACGCUGUUCAGCAGGCGUUGACUGUAUAUGACUCCAUCUCCGCUGCCAACUCGGCUGUCACUCCGACGACCAUCCAUACGAAUGCUAUCAUCAGCGUAUGCGCACGCGCGUACGACAUUGAUGCUAUAUGGAGAAUUGCUGGGAGGCUUCCUGAACGUGGACCCGGCGCUCCAGACCACGUUACUUUCACUACCAUACUGCAGGCCCUGAAUAGCGAAGCCCAAAAAAGAGCUAUAGAUCGAGGGGGUAGAGAGGGGCCUGGUUUUGAUCCCCAGCCAAUCUUUGACCAGGUGAUUGAUGACGCUCGGAAGCUGUGGUUCGAUAUCACCGCACGAUGGAGAAGAGGGGAUCUUCACCUAGACGAGGCUUUGGUCUGUGCCAUGGGAAGACUGUUGAUGCUCUCAAGCAACCGGAAUGCUCACUUGGAUGUCCUAAAUCUUGUACAACAAGCCAUGAACAUAGGGGAAAUGCCCGAGGCUUCAAGCACCGAGGCGGCAGAUGGGACGGAGGAAGGGGAGGGAUCGGAAACCACAGCUGAGCACGAUCCGCCGGCCUUCCUCGAUGUUCCAGCAACGAAAGAAAUCCGCUCGCACACGUCCUCAAGGCAGCCCAGCACGGCGAUCUCAUCUGUGUAUGCCACCCCUGGUAACAAUACCCUCUCAAUGCUCAUGGAGACAACUACCGCGCUUCGGAAGCUGAAGCUGGGCAAAUACUAUUGGGAAUUGCUCACAUCUGCAGAUGGCCCGUACCAAAUCGUGCCUGAUCACCAGAACAUUAUGGCUUUCCUCCGCCUGCUUCGGGUUUCCCGUGCAAGUCGAGCGGCCUUAGAUCUUCUUCGAGCACCACGACCCGAUGAUGUGCGAGACAAACUUAUGGUUCGGGGGACAUUCGUCAUCGCCAUGAGCACUUGUCUCCGAGACAAGAAGAAUCCGAACGUGUUCGAGACGGCUAGCCGGAUCAUGGAUUUGAUGCAAGAAAGCACCCAAAACUUGACAGAUGACCCGACAGGAGAGCCUCAAGGUCAGAAGCUCAGGUUCUCCCCCAAAGUCCUCCGGAUGUAUUUGGAAGUUGCCAUGGCGACCACCAAAGGCAUUGGCGCGGGCCCGCUCGAGAAGACCAGGAACGGAGACUUGGAUUUCGAGCGAGAUCCCAGUAAAAACCACACGUUGAGAGCGCUGCGACGCCUUGGCCCCGACGUGGUCAAUGUCAGGCAACUAAUCAAAUCCCACUUGGUGGAAUUGGAACAACAAGCUGCCAUGAAAGGACGUACGAUCAGAGUCAAGAAGUUACUCGAGAAGCGCCAGAUUACGCCGUAUAGCGUGACUGAAAACAUUGGCGAACUGGUCGAGUUGUUGCGUACCAUGAUCAGUGCGAUUGACAAGAUCAUUAUGGUCAACGAGCGAUUGGAGGAUAACGGAAUGGGGCCUUUGGAUAAGACCGUUCUGGAUCAGUGCUGGCUGCAGAAACGCAAGUUGUCGGCCUUUGUAUCCAGGGUUGCGAAUGUGGUUGCGGAUCCCAGAGGACCCGGGGAGCUGAAGGCACGGCGUGUAAACGAAAGGGGUCGUCCGUUCAUCAGCAGAAAUAGAGACAAGCACGAGGAAGACACUGAUACCCUGGCCGAGGACCCUGAGGUGGCAGGCAAUGAGGUCGCGGAUGAGGACUUUGACGACGCUGGCAUGGCUCCCACCAGUCCACGCUCCAAACUCAUGAACGACAUCAAGGCUGCCCACGCCAAAUCCGUCAAGUCCCAGGAAGAACGGGGCCUCUCGCGACGGCAGAAACUGGAACUGAUCAAAGAAGAACAAAUCCGCGCACAGUUCCCCAGCAGCGUGCUGAGGGAGCAGCGGCAGCAGAGCGAGCGGACGCGACGGAGAAAGGACCCCGCGUCGACGGGAUCUUCGCGAAAGGCGCCGGUGUGGAAGACGAGGCAAAUGGAGAUCAAGGAGAUGAGACGGGAGAAAAGGGAAGCCAGAGCUCAGGAAGCCAGGGAGAGGAGCAAAGAGCGCGAGAUGUACAGGGGCUGGGGAGGCGGGUUUGAGGACAUGUUGAAAGAGCAGGGCAGAUCUGAAAGGGCCGGCAUGGUGGAGUUGGGACCCUAG